GUCCAUUUUAGUAACCCACCAGCCCACCUGGGACGAUUGUCAGCAGCUGUUACAGGCCCUCCUGACCACCGAGGAGAAGCAACGGGUCAUUUUGAAAGCCCGUAAAAACGUUCCGGGGGAUAACGGGCAGCCUACUCAGUUGCCAAACGAGAUCAACAAGGCCUUCCCCUUGGAACGACCUGAUUGGAACUUCACCACGGAGGACAGUAGGAAUCACUUACGUCUCUAUCGCCAGUUGCUGAUAGCGGGUCUCCAUGGGGCAGCAAAGCGCCCCACUAAUUUGGCCCAGGUUAAGUUAGUGACCCAAGGGUCAGAGGAAUCUCCCUCCGCCUUCCUAGAGCGACUAAAGGAAGCCUAUCGUGUGUACACCCCCUAUGAUCCGGAGGACCCUAACCAGGCUACCAAUGUGGCUAUGUCCUUUAUCUGGCAGAUAACCCUUAAUGUGGGGAGGCAACCCGUCACCUUCCUGGUGGACACCGGAGCCCAGCAUUCGGUGCUCACCACCUCACCGGGACCCCUGACUGACAAAUCGGCAUGGGUUCAAGGAGCCACCGGAGGAAAAAGGUACUGAUGGACAACUGAAAGAAGAGUACAACUCGCCACCGGUAAGGUGACUCACUCCUUUUUACAUGUUCCUGAUUGCCCUUAUCCUCUGUUGGGGAGAGAUCUAUUAAUGAAACUCAGGGCACAAAUCCACUUUGAAGGGACUAAGGCCCACAUUACUGGGCCACAGGGACAGCCUUUACAUGUGUUAACCAUGAAUCUGGAGGAUGAAUACCAGCUUCACGAGCCUGAAAGGCCUCGGCCGCAAGAAAUGACUGUCUGGUUAGAAAAAUUCCCUUUAGCCUGGGUGGAAACAGGGGGAGUGGGUCUCGCAACCCACCAACCGCCCCUGGUAAUUACUUUAAAGGCAUUGGUGACUCCUAUUUCCAUUAAGCAAUACCCGAUGUCGCAUGAAGCUUACCAAGGAAUUAGGCCCCACAUUCGGAGACCUUUAAACCAGGGCAUCCUGGUACCUUGUCAAUCCCCCUGGAAUACGCCUCUCCUUCCGGUCAAAAAGCCAGAGGCGGGAGACUACCGCCCAGUGCAGGACUUGAGAGAAGUCAAUAAAAGGGUGGAGGAUAUACACCCUACAGUUCCUAACCCAUACAAUUUGUUGACUGGGCUUCCUCCGACGCACACCUGGUAUACGGUAUUAGACCUUAAGGAUGCGUUCUUCUGCUUGAGGCUCCACCCUCGGAGUCAGCCCAUCUUUGCCUUCGAGUGGAAGGACCCGGAAUUGGGAAUGUCGGGUCAGCUCACUUGGACCAGACUCCCACAGGGGUUCAAAAACAGCCCCACCUUAUUUGAUGAGGCGUUGCACCGGGACCUGGCCGACUUUAGGGUUCACUACCCUGCCUUAAUCUUGCUCCAAUAUGUUGAUGACCUCCUCCUGGCUGCGAAAACUGAGGAAAAAUGUCAGGAAGGAACCAAGGCCCUUUUGAGGACCUUAGGAACUCUAAGAUACCGGGCCUCAGCCAAAAAGGCCCAAUUAUGCCAGAGGCAGGUUACAUACCUGGGCUACCAAAUCAGAGAUGGACAGAGAUGGUUGACAGAGGCACGGAAACAGACAAUCCUAAAGAUUCUGGUGCCCAAAAGCCCGAGACAGCUAAGAGAGUUCCUGGGUACGGCGGGGUUCUGCCGCCUCUGGAUUCCAGGGUUUGCGGAAAUGGCUGAGCCACUUUACCCACUCACCAAGCAAGGGACUCUCUUUACUUGGGGAGAUGAGCAGCAGAGAGCCUAUGCAGCCAUAAAAGAGGCCCUGCUAACCUCCCUCGCGAUGGGGCUUCCGGACUUAAACAAGCCCUUCGAACUGUUUGUAGAUGAAAAACAGGGAUAUGCUAAAGGAGUCCUGACCCAAAAACUGGGACCAUGGAGGCAUCCGAUAGCCUACCUGUCCAAGAAACUUGACCCGGUGGCCUCGGGAUGGCCACCCUGCCUGAGGAUGGUGGCAGCAAUUGCCCUCUUGACUAAAGACUCUGGCAAGCUGACUAUUGGACAGCCAAUAACAAUUUUGGCUCCUCAUGCAGUGGAAGCCCUGGUCAAACAACCUCCGGACCGAUGACUUUCCAAUGCCCGCAUGACCCACUACCAGGCUCUACUGCUGGACACUGAUCGAGUAUACUUUGGCCCUAUAGUAGCUCUCAAUCCGGCAUCACUGCUUCCCCUACCGGAGGGUCCAGAAACUCAUGACUGUCUCCAGAUACUCGCAGAGGUACAUGGCACCCGGCCUGACCUGACCGACCAGCCCCUCCCUGACGCCGACUUCACCUGGUACACCGACGGGAGCAGCUUUCUGGAUAACGGAGAACGGAGAGCAGGGGCUGCAGUCACCACCGAGACUGAGGUAAUUUGGGCUAAGGCCCUACCACCUGGCACUUCGGCGCAGCAGGCUGAACUCAUCACCCUAACUCAGGCCCUCCGGAUGGCGGAAGGUAAGAAGCUCAACGUUUAUACCGACAGCCGCUAUGCCUUUGCCACUGCUCACAUCCAUGGGGAGAUAUAUCGGAGAAGAGGGUUGCUAACCUCGGAAGGAAAACAAAUCAAAAAUAAAGCUGAAAUAUUGGCCUUGCUUAAAGCAUUGUUUUUACCCUCAAAACUGAGCAUCAUCCAUUGCCCCGGCCACCAAAAGGGAGACAGCCGAGAAGCCAGGGGCAACCGCUUGGCGGACGUAACUGCCCGAGAAGCGGCGAUGCGAGGAAGCUCAGAUACCUCUCAGCUCCUGGCUAUAAAACCGGCCGAGGCAGAGGUCCCCUCCAUUCAGGAAUCCCCGCAACAGACUCGUAACCUGAUUAAAUACCUCCACAAACUGACUCACCUUAGCUCCAGGAAAAUGAAAACCCUCCUAGAAAGGGAAGAAAGCUCCCACUAUCUGCUGGGGAGGGAUAAAAUUCUACAGCAAGUGGCUGAAGAGUGCACAGCAUGCGCCCAAGUGAAUGCAGGACGCCAUAGGGUAGGCCCGGGGACCAGGAUCUGGAGACAUCGCCCCGGCACCCACUAGGAGAUUGACUUCACAGAGGUAAAACCUGGACUCUAUGGAUAUCGGUUCUUACUGGUAUUUGUGGACACCUUCUCGGGAUGGGUAGAAGCCUACCCCACCAAACGUGAAACUGCUAAAGUAGUCACCAAAAAGCUUCUGGAAGAAAUCUUCCCCAGGUAUGGCAUGCCCCAGGCGUUGGGCUCUGACAAUGGCCCUGCCUUCGUCUCUCAGGUAAGUCAGUUAGUGGCCAAACUGUUGGGGAUCAAUUGGAAAUUACAUUGUGCAUACCGUCCCCAGAGUUCAGGGCAGGUAGAACGAAUGAAUAGAACUAUCAAAGAGACCUUAUCCAAAUUAACGCUGGCAACUGGCUCUAGUGACUGGGUGGUCCUCCUCCCAUUGGCCCUAUACCAGGCCCGGAACACCCCGGGCCCCCAUGGACUCACUCCUUUCGAGAUCCUGUAUGGAGCCCCACCACCAGUCGUUAACUUCUUUGAUCCCUGUGUGGCCUCCUUUGCUGACAGCCCCUCUCUAAAAGCUCAUUUGCAGGCACUGCAGAUUGUCCAGAAAGAAGUCUGGAAACCCAUCGCUGCUGCAUACCAGGAACAGCUGAACCGACCAGUGGUGCCGCAUCCGUUCCAGAUCGGAGACACAGUUUGGGUCCGCCGACAUCAAACCAAGAACUUAGAACCCCGCUGGAAAGGACCAUAUACUGUGUUGCUAACAACCCCGAUGGCGCUCAAGGUCGACGGUAUCGCAGCGUGGGUGCACACCUCCCAUGCCAAAGCGGCCCAUCACCACGCAGAUGAAGUGACUCAGAUGCCAGCGCUGGGUCCAGAGAGAGCCCAGGACCACAAGGUCCCUCCCCAGUGGCCGCUGCUGACCAGCCAAUCUCUGGGAGAGACCCUGCACACCAGCUCCAACCGCUCAGCCGCCUUCUCCUCCCUGCACUCACCAUGUUGCGACUUCGGAGCUUGCCUCAGUUCCCCUCGCAGCACCCAAGCAGCUGUGGUGGAGCUCAGAGCACUUCACCUGGAACCACGCGAGUCUGCUAAGCAGCGGGAGCCGAACCCGCAGAAAGGCACCCGGAAGGACAUGGCCCCUUUCUUGACUGGCAGGUCAGCGAAGCUGGAGACAUCCGCGGCGAGCCACAGGCAGCCUAUUAGGUGGCGGCUCUGGGGACAAGGGUUUCCCCCACCAGGCUGCCAGACAUGUACCCACAGUGGCCCAGGGGCCCAGGCCUCCUCGGGCUGCUGCUACUUCAGUGCGAUGAGCCCCAAGAGCCAGGAUGUGUUCCUGCACCUGGUCAGAGCGAGAGGUUCUCUCCCUCCCUACAGGACCAGUGGGAUACUUGCUCACCAUCACCUGGUGACCAGAAUCCAGCAAG